AUGGGGAUCGUACAACAGUUCAAAUGGCCUGCGCUUCGUCUUAACCAGUUAGAAGCAGCCAAGCAGCAACUAUUAGUGGAAUGGGAUAUGGAGAAGAAAGCAUUGUCGAUAUGUUGCAACUGCCGUCCUGGUGAUCACGGGCUGGCGGUCGACGAUCCUGCCUUGCCGGCAAUGCCGAGACCCACAGUCAUAAAAACCUUAAAAUUUGUCGGUUGUUUAGUUCCAAACGUCUCGUACAACGAUGCAAUAAAAGCACUUAACAUUAAUUUUUCAUGUAACGAUUGUGAACUUACAUUGUCUGCAUUACCUGCGGAACCACGCCUGGAAGGCUACCAUCUGAAAGGACUGGUAAUAAAUAAGCUUAUAAUUACUGCAUUAUCCGAAAAUCCAGCCACGCGCCCUAAGAAGGAUUUUCUAAAUGAAUUGAAAGAAUUGAAAAAUCUAGAGCUUAAAGAAGGCGUGGAACUUGAGGAGGAGAUUCAAACACUUCUACCAAAAUCACUUGAAGCACUAUUGCUGUUUAACACUCAUCUGCUGCUGCCGCCUGUAAAUAUAACGGAAAAAUACAAGCCAAGUCACUGGCUGCAGCGGCUGCCCUCUUUGAAGUAUCUUAGUCUAGCGGAAAAAACCACUAAACUACUGAAAAGACCGGUGGUACUACCGCCACUAGCCUCUUUUCCGAAACUAACUACCUUGAUAUUGAUGGAUGUUUUGCUAGCACCAAUGCCUGAUAAUGCAAAAUGGCUGAAAGACUCGAAUCUGCAAAAUCUCAUGAUUAUGGAUUGUGGACUAGAAAAGCUGCCGCAUGAUUUCUUCAAAGGUGCCAAUAUAACUAGAAUUUACCUUAAGCACACAACAUUGGGAUCUUUGCCAGAUGACGUGUUUGCUCCUCUACAAUCAAGUUUACAUGAAUUAGACCUUUCAAACAAUCAAUUGAAAGGACAAGACCUGGUGGGCGCCGUACAGUCGCUGAAUCAGCUUAAGAUUCUGAAGGUCGACAACAACCCUCUGGGCUCGCUGUGUGGAUCUGACCCAUAUUAUUAUAAAGUUGAAUCAGGGUUGCCAAAGAAUCUGCGUCGCUUAGAACUGCGCAACACUAAUGCGACGCGAAUCUGUAGUGAUUGGACCGAGAAUGACUACCUCACUGAAAUAUAUCUGGACAAGAAUAACAUACAAUUUUUAUGGUACAGCAAUUUGAAAAUGAGACGCGCUGAGAAUAAGCCAGUAAAGAUAAGUUUGAAAAAUAAUGGCAACAACAAAAACCCAUUGAAAAUUUUCAUCAACAAAAGCGACUUCAACCAAUGUCGGCAUGAAAGUUUAUCUCAAAAUGGUGGAACUCGUAAGCGCGUUCAACUCAACCUAAUAACGAACUCGUUAGCAUGUGACUGCAAUGCGUACUGGUUUCGCAAGUUGCUGCGCGGUUGCUCGCUAUUUACGCCAGAGAAGUCUAUUCAUGUAAAUUGCACGAGGCCAUCCGGAGUAGCAGUGCCACUUGCCGACUACCGUGAAAGCUUAACUUGUUCUUACAGUGGUCCCUGUCCUACAGGAUGUUCGUGCGAAAAACGGCAGCCCGACAACGCGACGGUGGUGCGGUGUGCGGGUGCGUUGCCACCAGCUCUAAGCUGGCCGCCGGCUGCACCUGGCUACCCGGUAGCGUUGCACGUUGCGCCCGGGACACUGGCUGCUGUGCCGCGCCUCAAGCUCGUAGAACUGCAUGCCCCUAAUAACAAUAUAACCAACAUUGAUAAGGAGGACAUACCUGAUACCUUGCGUGUCCUCGACGUUCGCAACAACAGCAUUGCGCGCAUCACAUCGGCGGCAGCGAAGGCGCUCCUGAGUCUGAGCGAACAUGUCGGCUACAAGGUGUCGCUCGCCGGCAACCGGCUCGCCUGCAAGUGCGAAGACGAAUACGCGAUCGCGACGCUUCAACGUGCCAAGAUAACGGAUUGGAAUACGACGCAGUGUGUUGACCGUCACUAUGUUGUCGAUAAGAGGAAACUAUGUAAUGAUAAAAUGCUUCCGACAUUGCUGGGAAUCAUAGGCGCUUUGUUUAUUCUGACAUUAGCAGCACUAUUUCUUCUCUGUUUACGGCCGCGCAUUAAUCAGUUCCUCUUCAAUCACGGUCUAUGCUUAAAAUAUGUGCUGAAAGUUAAAGAUGACGCUGAUGAUCCUAUGAAAACACACGACGUGUUCAUAUCGUAUUCUCAUAAAGAUUUGGAGUUUGCCAAAAAAUUGAUUGAAAAACUUGAGAGCUACGGCCACUCCACCAUAGAACACUGCCGUGAUUGGCUUCCAGGAGAAUCUGUAAUUCAGCAGAUUACUGACUCCGUAAUUAGCGCACGGCGAACUCUGCUGCUUGUGUCCGAUAACUAUGCUGAAUCAAAGUGGGCUCUAGAAGAGUUCCAUGCCGCGCAUGCACAUGCUAUGGAGCACGGCUCAGCUCGAGUGAUAGCCCAAGUAGCACAGAUUAGCUGUAUAGCAGCCGCAUAA